UUUUGCUAUUUAAUAUUCACUCAAGUUUGCUGGUGUUUGUAUCGUGAUUUUGUGUUGUUCCAGAUAUUUGUUGUUACCUUGACAUUGACCAAGUUUAUUUUCAAUCAGAUUUUUGAAUUUGUUUUUUUUUCUUGUUGUUGUGAUAAAUAAUGAUAAUGAUGGAAAGCAAUCAUCAUCAAAAUCCACAAUCACAACAAUUAUUUGUUGCACCUGGACAGAUAUUCGAAGAUACACAGGAUGAGAAUCGUUUUAUGAAAAAAAUUAAAUCCGGCCCAAUGCUUCCACUUGCUACGGCUGGAUUUUUGGGCAUCGCUGGCUAUCGAAUAUAUAAGGCACGUGAACGUGGUGGAAUGAAAUUAAGUUUCUUUCUUAUCCAUACACGUUUAGCAGCACAAGGAUUUGCUGUUGCUGCACUUGGUUCAAUAGUUUUAUGGUCACUUGGAAAACGAUUCUAUAAUUGGUCAACAGGAAAACCACAACCAUUACCGGACAAUGGUUCUUAUUGAUAUUUAAACAAACAAACAAAAAAAAACGUUCAAAAAUUUAGCAUCUGAUUAUCAUUCUCACUCAGUUUUAUUUAUUUAUUUUUUUAUUCAAAGUAAAAAAAAAAAAAACAACUUAAUCAAUUUAGAAAUAUAGGAAUAACAUUUUCAGUUUCCAAUUUUUA